GAGAAGCCAAAAGCCUCAGCAGCACCCAAGCCCCGUCCAGGCCCGACGGAUGAGGCGCAGAUGGCAGCGGCCGCAGCGCUGGCACGGCUGGAGCUGAAGCCCAAGGGCAAAUCACCUUCCUCCCAGGAGACCAUCAAGAACCAGGUGAGAAAAGAGCUGAUGGCUGAGGCAGCUGCCAGCGAGAAGGGACAGUCCAUGGAGGAGAAGGAUCUCACCUCCUCCCAGGAGGAGGGGGCAGCUGCUCCCUCUGUCUCAGGGGUCUAUUUCAUCUGCCCACUGACUGGUGCUGUGGUGAGGAAAGACAAGAAGGAGAAGCACCUCAGAGAAGCUAUCCAGGCAUAUUUCUCUGUGGAUCCUGUGGCUGCUUCCAUCAUGGAGAUUCACACCUUCAACAAGGACAGGGAGAAGGUCCGAGUGGGCGUGGAGACCAUGGCCAAGUACCUGGAUAACAUCUACCUCCAUCCAGAGGAGGAGAAGUACCGGAAAAUCAAACUGCAGAACAAAGUGUUUCAGGAAAGGAUAAGCUGCUUGGAAGGGGUACACAGAUUUUUCCAGGCUGUUGGGUUUGAGACAAAAACUCUGCCUGUUCCAGGACAAGAGACCACAGAGGAGUUCUACGUGCUGAAGGAGGAGAUGCUGAACAGGCUGGAAGACCUGAAGGACUCCAAGGAGCAGCUGCUGAGCUCGGAGCCCGUGCGAGCUCAGCUGGAUCGGCAGCUCGUGCUGUUCCAGCCCUCACCCGAGGCCGCUCGGUUCGAGCUGCCCAACGACUUCUACAACCUCACUGCAGAGGAGAUCAAACGGGAGCAGCGGCUCAGGACAGAGGCAGUGGAGAAGGCGUCGAUGCUGAGGACGAGAGCCAUGAGGGAGAAGGAGGAGCAAAGGGAGAUGAGGAAGUACAACUACACUUUGCUCCGAGUUCGUUUUCCUGAUGGAUACAUCCUCCAGGGGACCUUUUAUGCAAGAGAAUCAGUAUCUGUGCUCUACAACUUUGUGAGAGAAGCACUCAGAGAUGACUGGCUGCCCUUUGAGCUCUUGGGACCUGGAGGUCUCAAACUGACUGAUGAGAACUUGGCUUUCAAUGAAUGUGGGCUGGUGCCCUCAGCCCUGCUGACCCUGGCCUGGGACGCAGCAGUCAUGGCAGACAUCGAGGCAGCAGGAGAGCCACAGCCUGGCAGCCCCCUGAGGCCGGAGCUCCUCGCCACAGCCCAGACUCUCUCCUGA